AUUUAAACAUGAAUUCAGACUUGAAAGAUGAAGCCCUUGUAGACGAUGAUUUUGGUGGUAUCAGCAUCGUCCCCUCAACAUCUGGAGCUGACAGAGUUGUCAAGACACAAGAUUUUUAUAGUAACACAGAAGAGAUCUAUGAGUGUAAUGUAGAGACCAAUACUGAUUAUGAAGCCUAUGCAGUGGAGACACAGGUUGAUGCUAUGAUCGGAGAUGACGGCAACGCACAGGCCGAAGUUAACUUGGACUAUUUAGGAGAUUGGCUCGAAGCAAUUUACCCUAGGCUUGCUAACAUUCUCGAGAUGAAUGCAUCCUCACGAACUUUUGAACAUUACGAGGUUAAAAAUGACGAUGGACUAGAAGCGAAUAGUUUACAGCAUACUUUAACCACAACUUUUGAGUUUACAGACCCUGGAGUUGACGAAGAUGGCGCAGAUGCUGGAGGAGAAACUGGCAGUUUCCAAGAAUACCAAGAUGAUAUUGAUGAAUGGGGUGAUAUGCAGUCGAUCGGGAGAAAGACGAAAGCUUCGGUUCAAAAUACCUCUACUGUGCAAUCACAGACUACCAAUGCAGUAGCGGGAGAGGAGUCGAAGGUCCUUUCAUUUGAUGUCACUAGUGUAGACUGGAGCUGCAAUGGCAGCACCAUUGCAGUUGCCUAUGGCAAGCAAAAUCAUCCUUCAAUGUCAUUCCAAGGCUGUGUUAGUAUCUGGGGAAUCUUCCGAAGAGACCUAGAUCCAGCUAAGCCCAGUAAGAAUAUUGAGGUUAGUAAUUGAGUGACUACACUCAGGUUCCACCCUUCGGAUCCUAAUCUCUUGGCUGGGGGCACUUUCAUUGGAGAGAUUUAUCUCUGGAAUGUUUACAAUGAAGAACCUGAAUUAUGAAAUUCGAGAGCUGACGAAUACUUCCACAGAGAGUCCAUCACCAAGUUGGUAUGGAUUUCUCAGCAACAGAUUGGAAGCCUCAGAUUCGUACAUUCAUUGAUUAGUACCUCUACAGACGGCAAGAUCUUAAUCUGGGAUCCUGACAACAAGCUUGACCAUCCGAAGAAAGGGUACAUUAUCGCAAGGAAGAAGAAGGGACAGAUGGUCAUGAUUGGAGGCACCUCCUUGGAUGUCAAUCCUUUUGACAAUAAUAUGUUCUUGCUUGGAACAGAAGGCGGAACUAUUUUUAAGUGUAAUAUUGAGACAACCUCUUUUUCAGACCAAAUCUCAGGAAGUACCUUUGAGGGGCUCUCUAAACGGCUGAGAUGGAGGAAGGAAAGUGAGAGGUUCAUGGACACAAUCACUAACCCGGUCAAUCAGGAGCAGAUCAAACAGGAGGUUGAGAGGUACUGAAUGGAUAGAGGAUAUAAAGAGGUCAAUCCUAUUCAUAUCUUUAACGCUAAGCCUGAGAUGAAACUGCUGUAUACAGUCCCAUUUAAUUUCAACUAUGAAAAGCAGUAUGGACCGAAUCAGGCUGUAUCUUGUUCGCCAUUUAUUAGAAAGUUGUUCCUAAGUUGCUCUAUUGACGGAAGUGUUAAGAUGUAUGAUAUAAACAACAAUCGGAGUAUAGCUAGUUUCGAGCCCUCUUCAAAUGAAUACCUCAUGGAUGCGUGCUUCUCUCCCUUCAGACCAGCAGUCUUUGCAGUUAUUGGGACCAAAGGGAAGCCUUAUAUUUAUGACUUGACCAUUUCAAAGAAAUCUCCUGCUUAUAUUCUGGAAAACGAGGAAGAGGAGAAAGUUGUCAACUCAGGAGGGGUUAAAAUCAGCUUUAAUCCAAAGCAGAGGGAUUUCUUAGCGGUCGGCUACAUGGAUGGGAUGACCAAAAUCUACAAGUUGAACUACUCAUUAUCUAAUCUGAAGAAGAAUGAGAAGAAAUUCCUUUCAGAAUUUGUUGAUAAAAAGUAA